AUGUUAGUUUUUCUCGCAUGGUGCGCCUUGCUGGUGCAAGCGGGUGAAGAAAACAUAACGGCCGUUUCCACGCGCUCUGAUAAAUACUACGACGAAAUGUGGUACCGCUUCUGGACAUUUCCGGUUACGAUGGCCAUCAAAGCUAAGGUGGUCAUGUGGAUUCUGUUCAUCACAUACUUCAGCACGAUCAUGCAAGCGAUCGUAUACCAGAAGUCGGAGCCGCAGCUGCCCGAAAUCUACUCCGUACCUGCAAAUGCCGAUUGGGGGUAUUCUUCUUUCAAUAGCUGGGGGUGA